AAUUAUUGUCUUAAAAGACACACUAAUUAUGAAUUUGUGACAAACAAUGAGUCAAAACAAUGGAUCUGUUCCACCCCUUCCUCCGCGUCGAACCAUAUCAAUGGCCGGCCAGUCGUCCGCACGAAUGGCCUCCACAUCCGACGCCCGACUUCUUCAGUCGGUUCCUCCGCCGCCCAACUCUUCCAACAAAAAUUUAAUGAACUUUCGCUUUACGUCUCAACCCUUGGAUUUCAAUCAAAAUCACAAUCAAUUUGAUUCCCAACUCUCCAGACAUACAAUCGGAGGAUUCUUCGCAAAUCCGGUCUCAACGCCCACUACAACCCCGACGCCAAUCGCAUCCACAAAUCAGUCAUACAUUCAGUGGCAGAACCAAAGCCUUCCCCCAAACUCUCUACUUCUCUCUUCGCCUCGACCUCAGAUGUGGUCAACCCUUUCUACCAAUAAUAAUAGCACUGCUUUCGCCAAUUAUGUCUAUUCUUCCUCUUCUGCCGGAGUAUGUUUCGCCCGUCAGUCCUCUUGGAGUGACACCAAUGACAUCCCUGUCUCACAGUCUAUCGGCGCCUUCAUUCUCGGCAAACGCUUUCUCAAACACGACAUAUAGUUAUUCAUAUUCACCAGUGUUUCAAUCCAUGACAUCAAACGCAACAACAAAUGUCGC